AUGCCUGUUGACUACAGCAAAUGGGACGCUCUCGAGCUGAGCGACGACAGCGACAUCGAAGUCCACCCAAACGUCGACAAGAAGUCCUUCAUUAGAGCGAAGCAGAACCAGAUCCACCAGCAGCGAAUCGAUCGAAAGCACCGCAUAACAACGCUCAAGUACGAGCGCAUAAUAAACGAUGGUCUGUUGGUACGAAUUGACGCCUUGCUCAAGGCUCUCGACAACCACAAGGCCGACAUCGAGGGAUCGAAAGAUGCAGACAGCGUGGACGAGGUUGUCUUCGACUGUCUGACCGAUGUCGCGGGUGAUAUGAGCCUAGGCGAGGACCAGCCUCCAGCACCGCCAGCUGGAGUACAUAAGAAUAUGGAGCAGCCAAGCUACAGCACAAUGAUGGGCGCACUGGUUGACCAGGUCAGGUCUGAGGUAGAGAAGACUGGCGCAGAAGGUCCACCGCGAUAUACGGCGUAUAUCAGAGAAGUUCAAAGUCACAAUCAGAAAGUGCAAAACUUACAGAAAGAUCUGGCUGCGGAACUCACCAAGCUGGAAAAAGAAGAGGGCAGCAAGAUCACCAGCGAAACGUACAAGACUGGUUUCGACAGCUCGCACGUCUCUAAAGCUAAGCCAGUGGACACGAGCAGCGCUGCUGUGAUCAAAACCGGCAAGCAGAGUGAGGCACAGAACGUUUCGAGCGUGGAGCAAAUAGGCGGUCCUCGUGACUCUGGUUCAGCAGCCGAUGUCGAAGAUCUCAGCCUGAACCCAGCCCGGGGAGAAGACGAAGAUGACAUGGAAUGCUCUCCACUCGCAAGAAAGUUCGGAAUGUUGGGCUAUGGAAACUACAAGCAAAGUCUAGAGUUCAUCGGCCAGCACCCACAAAUCCUAUCCGAGAAGGAGACAGAUGGCUUGCUGGUUGAAGCCUUCAAUGCUCAGACCAAAGCAACCGAUGCCGAGAAGAAGGCGGAAAAGAAGAAAGAAGAAGAUUACGCCCGCGGUUGCGUGCACCAAGCCCUCUUACUCCAAUACUGUCGCCAACUCGGCAAGGACGGUGUAGGCCUCUUCUUCCAACGCGUCCAAACCGCAAACCACCAAGCCCAAAAACUCUUCCUCGACGACGUCAACAACACUUACGCACGUAUCCGCGAACGAACAGCAGCACUCGCCAAGCAAGCUGCGGAAGAAGGCACUGGUGAUAAAGAACAAAUCCAACUUCACGCCGUAGACCCCAAUACCACAAUCAACAUCCUAACUCCGCCUCCUCUCGACCAAUGCCAAACAGACGAUGAGCGAGCAAGUCGUAGAAUUUUCGAGGGUUUCCCACCGGGUCUCCAGCGAGCACUCGAGAGUGGUAGUCUGGAUAAGGUUAAUGAGGUGCUGGGCAAGAUGAGCGUUGAAGAAGCGGAAGAAGUUGUGGAGCAGUUGGGGGAUGGUGGAAUGUUGAGUUUGGAGCAAGGGGUUAUUGAUGCUACGACUGAGGAGGGGAGGAAGCAGAUUGAGGAGAUUGAAAGGACGCAUAAGAUGCCUGGAGAACAGGGAGACGGUCGUGUCGAGGAAUCGGGGGAGGUGGAGGAGAUGGAUUGA